CACUUGUUUUAUCUUCAUCAUUUACUAUAUAAUCAACCCUCACCCAUUUCCAAAAAUUAAAUUAAAUAAUCUCUUAUUUUCUCUUCAUCUUCUACCAACCAUUUUUUUUGUUCUAAAGCGCCAUGGGAACUCAGGUUUUACACCCCCAGGAAUACUUUUUCACACCUACUCCGGCUUCGUUUUCCUACCGGAGCAACCACUACGGUUACAACAACAACCGUGCUGCGACCUCAAAGUCUCACCGGAAACCGGUUACCCGACCAGCCGUAAAGAAACGGGAUUCUACUCUGGUCUUGAAGAGAUCAAGUGCUGAUGAUUCAGUAACUGCGAAGAGCAGGGAAAAGGUGACGAUUCUCCGUAGGGGUAAAUCACUGGAUUCAUCGCUGGAAGCGGUUAAGAGCGACAAAUACGCCGGAUCUGCGUUCUCAAUGUCUCCAUCGCCGAGCGCGCUUCCUCUACCAUCUUUUCUGAUGAAGAAGCAGUUCUCAGCGACAGUUGAUGACUCUGCAACGCGAGAUCUAAGGCGUCUGCUUCGACUUGAUUGAUAUUUGAUCCACAACCAACACGGGUUCGAUUCCGGGUUUUGAAUCGGGUCGAACCCGGUAAACGAUUCAUAUGUUGAUCCUUUUCCACCUUUUUCUUACUGGUCUCCGUUACCGUAACUACACUUCCGGUUUUAAGUUCUGCUCCGAUCGUGAUUUUUUGAAACGAAAGGAUGGAUCUGAAAUUGGGGUGACUUGUUGUCUAAAUGGUUUCGAGUAGGGUAGUAGGUAGCCAACCUUGUGUAUGCAUCUUGUGCAGUUCUGUUUCAUUUUGUUAAAAAGAUUAAAAGGUUAAUGUAAAAUAUUAGGCCUCCUGUAAUACUAUCAGUUUAAGCUUAAUUUAAGAAAAUGUUAAAUAAAAAAUUAGGCCUGUAAUAUCAGUUUAAGCUUAAUUUAAGAAAAUUAUCCA